UUAUAAACACGAUAUUACAACUGGUCCUGUCGUCGCUGGCACAAGUUGUACAGCUUGUCGCGUUUUCCAGGCAGUCCUUUGUUGUUGGACAGUUUCAGGUCGAGGGUCGUUGCUAAGGGCAUUCAUAAGAAGUAUCAUACGCACUCAAACAGACCGUGACGGAGGGCCACUACGCGGGAGCUGCUCGCCUGUUGCACGCAUCGGCCACAGCAGCACACCUUCAGGAGCUAGCUGAUUUUAACAUCAUAAGCUGCUGGGCCUGUCGAUGGACGCUGUUGCGUUGACCCUGGAGGAUGCGACCUGAACCUGCGACAGCGCGGGUCCACGUGUGCUAAACCUUUUGUAUAGUUUCUGCGUCGCGUGGAGGCCGGUGUCGUUAGCGUGGAGCUUGAACCGUCGGCACAACGCACACAGCUCAGCAUGGACGCGGGUCUUCCGCCCGCGUCGUCAAUGCGCUUCUCGCUCGCUGAGGCGCAGCCGCUGCUGCAGUCAUCCACCCUCCUUCCCCCUCAGCACUUUUCGGGGAACCCACUCGACCGCACAUACGAUAAGCGGCGCAAGUUUGACGGCACCUCCAAGCAGGAGGAGGUGAGCCUGGUGGUAGUGGCGGCGCGGGAGGUGUGUAUCCGGGAGUCGCCGGGCGCUGGCGGCUCGGCGUCCUCCCAGAGCGGUGCCUUCGGCGGCGCAGGGGCCGGCGGCCAAAACACCAGUGCCGGCGGGGCCAGCGUUACGGCGGCAGCGGACCUGCAGGCGCUGCUGCUGAGCGCCACCGACCCGGAGCUGGACCUCAACAGCGAGAGCAUCUGCCUCACAUGGGUGUACGGUGACGUGGCGUACCAGCUGCCGCUGUACCUGCUGGGGCAGGACCGCACCGAGCGUUGGACGUUUGCGCUGGACGUGAGCGACUGCAGGUCAGCGUUCCUGGACUUCCUGCGUGAAGGCUGCGGCCUGGGGUCGGGCGUGGCGCUGUCGGACCUGCGGGCGGCGUUGCCGCAGCUGAGUCGGGACGCGGCAGCCAUCGCGGGGCAGGCCACCUCGCUGUCGCAGUGGCACCAGAGCCACAAGUUCUGCCCCCGCUGCGGCUCGCCCACCGCCCCCGUGGAGUCGGGGCUGCGGCGGCAGUGCGUGUCGGAGGCGGGCCACAAGCAGUACCCGCGGACAGACCCAGUGGUGAUUAUGCUGGUGGAGAGCCCGGACGGCCGGCGCGCGCUGCUGGGCCGCAACCGCAAGUUCACACCGGGCAUGUACACCUGCCUCAGCGGCUUCGUGGACCAGUGCGAGAGCGUGGAGGAGGCUGUGCGGCGCGAGGUGUUUGAGGAGUCGCGGGUGCUGGUGGCCGGUGUGGCGGUGGUGGGCAGCCAGCCCUGGCCCGUGGGCCGCUACGGCGGCUGCGAGCUCAUGCUGGGCUGCAUGGCGCAGGCGCGCAGCUACGAGGUGCUGGUCAACACGGACGAGAUGGAGGACGUGCAGUGGUACGACAAGGACGAGCUGAGGGCGGCGGUGCAGAUGUAUGACAACGCGGCGGCGCAGUCGGCCUCUGCGGGCGGCGCCGGAGGGGGCGGCGGCGAGGGCGAGGGCGUGGCAGAGGCGCCCAUGAGCGUGGCACAGCUGCAGGAAGCCUCUUUGGAGCAGCUGGGUUUCUUUAUCCCACCCCCGCUCGCCAUCGCACACCACCUCAUACGCGCAUGGGCGCUGCACGAGGGACCCUGGUUCCCGCCAGGGCCGCCCACGCCGCCUGCGCCAGCUCCGGCGUUGGCAGCGGCGGCAGCAGGCUCGGUGGCGCCUGAGGACGGUGCAGCGGCCAAGUUGUGAUCCAUGACCGGUGGACAUUGAGGGAUAUGAAGGGGAGGUACCGGUGGGGGCAAGAGACGGACGAGCGGAAUCACUAUGCACUGCAUGCCUGCAGCAUGAAAGUUGAGGAUGAAGGCACAAAGAAUGCAGCAUUUGGCUGGAUGAAAGCGCGUACGAUUAACGGUAUACAGUAUGCCGUAUACCGUAACAGAAUCCCAUUCACGCGCCUCUCGUCUCUGUAAUGUCGCGCUUUGAUGACUUCAUCGAUGUGUGGCUCGACUCGGACUGCAGUGCAGCUCGGACAGACUGGCAGUGGGCAAUAGGCACAUCAGACAGGGCACGUGGCAUAUCACGUUGCAUAUUCUGCGAGAAUGGUCGGCGGCUGUGUCUAAUGCAGCUGGGCAAGGCAGGCUAGUAGCAAGUCCGAAGGACCCGACUUCUUCCGGCCCAGGCAACUGGUUGCUGGGUGGCGGCCCCAUUGGACUGGACCCUUUUGUCAGGCAUCGGUGAGGGGUGUGCAGCUUCACUUCCCUAGUUCCCUUUC